ACUUCUCCAUAUCAACUAGACCUAGGUGAAUUGGGCUUUAUCGAAGGUCUCAAUGUGGCCAACAAGUCGUCGUCAAACGUACUUUGCCACUAUUUCGGAGGCAUCCCAUAUGCUUCCCCUGCAGAACGAUUUCGAGCACCUCGACCUCUUCCUCUCUCACAUCGCUAUGGUACUAAAGACAAGCCUGCCAAAUUCACUGGUCAGGUCGGGAUAUGUCCACAGCCAGGCUUUAUCGGUUUGCCUAACCCUGAUAUCUGGAACGAAGACUGCCACCAACUCAAUAUCUGGAUACCUUCUGGAGACCGACCUGCAGAAGGGUGGCCUGUAUUCUUCUAUCUAUUCGGUGGAUGGCUUCNNCAAUUCGGAGCAUUAGCCGAACUACUGAGCGAGACAGCCUUCAAAGCCAUUGUAGUCAUGCCUGGUUACAGGGUUAACGCCUUCGGCUUUCUGGCAGGCAAAGAGCUAGAAGAUGAGGCAAGAGCGAAUGGCGAAACGUACUCAAACUUUGGCUUCUGGGACCAGCGCACGGCCUUGGAAUGGGCUCAUGAUCGCAUCGCUUCUUUCGGCGGUAACAAAAACAACAUCACCGUCGCAGGAUAUUCGGCUGGUUCAUAUUCGACGUUCCAGCAGCUUGCCUACGAUGUCUAUCUUCCGCAAAGAUCCUCGAUCAUCAAGAGAGGUAUUCAGCCUCGUUCUACCGAAAGUCGUCAGAAGCAAUUUGAUGAGCUCCUCGGUUGGCUCGAUAUUCCGCUUUCGCACAGCUCAGCAGAGAAGUUGUCUCGACUGCGUAAGACUCCAGCUCGUCAAUUAGUCGCUGUCCAGAGCAGCAUGAAGUUCCAUGAAUUUCGCCCGGUCGCAGACGGCUCUUUCAUCAAUGACAACCUAAUAAGCAGCAUAAACGACGGUUCGUUCGCGAAACAGUUGAAGGACAGAGGAAUCAAGAUAAUGAAUGGGGAAGUUUGCGAUGAGCACUACCUCUACGGAAACAAAGGCGUGGCGCACCCUGACUGGAGCUAUGAUGCUGUUUACGAACGUCUUGUCGCGGACUACCCAGAGUCCAAGGUCAAGAAGCUCAUGGGACUUCGUGUACCAGGCAAGAGACUACCUGCAUUUGCUGAAGACUGGCCUGACUUGUUCGGUCGUCUGUAUGCCGAUGUGCAAGUGCACGAUCUUGAACGCGGAUUUGCGGCUCGUCUUUCUCAAGGCGGAUUGACUGUGGGCAAAGAUCUUCUUCGCUACCGCAUCGAGUGGCGUGCAAAGUGUGCCGACAACAUUGCGCCUCCAGAGUGGAAAGUCACACAUUCUACGGAUCGUGCAAUCUGGUUCUGGGGCGCUGGCUUGGGUCAGGGCUUGACUGCAGAGGAGAAGAAGAUUCUCAAAGACCUGAAUACAGUCUUCGCACGUUUUGUAAAGGGGGAAGAUGUGCAAUGGAGUCAACAAGGCCCGAAGAUGGUGUAUAGACUCAAUUCUGCAGGUCAGAUGGACAUGUGGGAUGAUGACAGAUGGGAAAGGGGUCUCGAAGGCUGGGAAGCUAUGAACGGG